UUGGAGUUGUGAGUUCCCAAGGCUUGCUCUUCCUGCUCCCUGUCUGGCUCUCCUACUUGCUCUUCCUAUUUGGCUUUCCCAUAGCACCAGAUUCUUUCCCAUAGUACUGGUUUCUUUCCCAUAGCACUCGAAUAUUACCUUGUACUGAACUUUACCUUACGUUUUAUAUUAUACCGUUCCCGCUUUUCAACCUAUUUCUCCUUCCAAACGUUUCUCUCGCGUCGCACGAUAAAUCUUCUGGUGGAAAGUCUUGAUUCUUCCUACCUCUCGACGUCUGAGGCUGUCGGAAUAAGGACAACGAGAGCGAAAGGCUACAUAGUGGCAUAGUCUUUCUGUCCUGGUCAGACGGCUCGUCGUUGAGUUUGUCGCACGAUCGUCGUUCAGUAGUUCGCUCUUGCCUCUCCUACGCUGAUCGUAGUCGCAAUGGCCGAAGGGAAGCAAGCGAAAGUGGAAGCAAUCACCCUAAAAGUCGUCGCUCAGGACGGAACGGAGGUGUCGUUCAAAGUAAAGCCAAAAACAAAGUUUAGCAAGUUAUUCCAGGCGUACAGUGACAGAAAAGGGUUCAAGCUGGACACUAUGAGGUUCCUGUACCACGGCGACCGCGUGCUUGGUGACAACACUCCUGCCGAGCUGGGCAUUGAGGACAACGACCACAUUGAAGUCAUGGUAGAGCAAUUGGGGGGAGGCAGGCAUUCCCAGCAGCAAUACCUUGUCAGAUGACUGGUUCCGCAAACUGCCCGGAAUGAAAGCUGAUGGGUCUUCAUCAGCAAAUACUAGUGAAUUACUGCGGUUUUUUUUUUUACUAGACCAUGUAUCCACCUUAUGGUUCAAUACCACUGGAACGUACUGCAAGGCAUCUGCAACAGCUGAUAAGGUAUCACCUGCCACCCCUUGUAC